UCGGCGCCCGUGCGAGCAUGCCGUCGUCGGCGAUGGCCGCGUCCGUCAAGCUGGGAUCAAAGCCCGACGCCUUCAGAAGGCAGGGGCAGGCAUGGUUCUGCACAACAGGACUACCAAGUGAUGUUACUGUUGAGGUUGGGGAUAUGUCUUUCCACCUUCACAAGUUCCCUUUACUUUCUAAGAGUGCAAUCCUUGAACAGUUGAUCGAGGAGAGUUCAGACCAAGUAGAAAGCAUCAUCAAACUAAAUGAUAUCCCAGGGGGUGCAAAGUCAUUUGAGAUGGUGGCAAGGUUCUGCUAUGGAGUGAAAAUAGAACUUUCCUCUGCAAAUGUUGUCUGCCUACGCUGUGCAUCUGAGUAUCUCCAGAUGACUGAAGAUUUAUCUGAUGACAACUUGAUUGCACAGACAGAAAUGUUCCUCAAUCAAGUAGUCCUUCGUAACUGGAAAGAUUCUUUAAAGGCGCUGGAAACAUGUGAUGACCUCCUCCCUCAUGCUGAAGAUCUUCAUAUUGUGAAGAGAUGCAUCGAGUCAUUAGCAUCGAAAGCAACUACUGAUCCAAACCUGUUUGGCUGGCCCAUAAGGGAACAUGGCAUCAUGCAAAGCCCUGGUGGUAGUGUGCUGUGGAAUGGGAUUAGCACCGGUGCCAGGCCCAGAAACUUCAGUUCAGACUGGUGGUUUGAAGAUGCUUCAUCAUUGAGCUUUCCAAUGUACAAGAGAUUGAUUUCUGGUAUGGAGUCUCGACGCAUACGGCCUGAGAUUGUCGCUGGUUCUUUGACGUACUAUGCCAGGAAGUAUCUCCCAGGACUCAAUAGGCGCAAUAGCAUGGGAAUAAUGCCUCCGGCUGCUACUCUUUCUGAUAUAGAACAGAAGAACUUGCUUGAGGAGGUCGACAGACUAUUGCCUGUUCAGAAAGGUUUAGUACCUACAAAAGUCCUGCUCGGGAUGCUUCGUGUAUCCAUGAUUCUAAAAGCUAGCUCCACAUGCGUUUCCAACUUAGAGAAACGGGUUGGCAUGCAACUAGACCAGGCCAGUCUGGAAGAUCUACUGCUGCCAAAUUACUCUUACACCAUGGAAACACUGUACAAUGUGGAGUGCAUGCGCAGGAUUCUUGAGCACUUCUUAGCAAUGGACCAGGCAAAUGGCGGUGCCUCCCCAUGCAUGGAUGAUAUGAUGGCAUCACCUUCUAUAAUACCAAUCACUGCUGUUGCGAGGUUACUUGAUGGCUACCUUGCCGAGAUUGCACCAGAUGUCAAUCUGAAACCUCCAAAAUUCCAAGCUCUAGCAUCUGCCGUGCCUGAGUAUGCCCGGCCACUAGAUGAUGGCCUCUAUCGUGCCAUUGAUGUGUACUUGAAGGCACAUUCCUGGCUGUCAGAAGCUGAACGGGAGCAGCUAUGCCGGCUAAUGGACUGUCAAAAGCUCUCCCUAGAAGCAUGCACUCACGCCGCUCAGAACGAGAGGCUACCACUUCGCGUCGUCGUGCAAGUCCUCUUCUUUGAGCAGCUCCAGCUAAGAACCUCGAUCGCCGGGUGCCUGCUCGUGUCCGAUAACCUUGAAGGAUCGAGGCCACUGCGGAGCGGCAUGGUAAUGUCCGGUGAGGCUGGUGGAUGGUCCACGGCAGUCAGGGAGAACCAGGUCCUGAAAGUCGGCAUGGAUAACAUGAGGAUGCGCUUGGCCGAGCUCGAGAAGGAGUGCUCGGACAUGAGGCAGGAGAUCUCGAAGCUUGGUCGUGGCGGCAAGACCGGCGGAGGCUGGGCUUCUCAUGUUCCGAGGAAGUUCAACCUGAAGAUGAAGCCGCAGAUGUGCAGUGCCCAGGAGGGCUCGGUCAGCGAGCAGCAGAAGAGCAUGAGCGCGAAGCUGGACAAGCUGCAAGCUAAGCUGUCGAAGCAGAAGAAACAGCUCUCGGCUGACGCCUGAAAUACGAAACUCCCUUCGCUUGUAAUUUUAACUUCCUGUGUACUGUCUUUUAAUCGCUUUGUUUAUGUAGUUCGUUUAGGUUUAAUGUGCCAAGAGGCAGCGGUUUGAGCUUGAUGUGAACAUUCCUGAUGUUUUGGGUGUUAAUUAGGGAGAACGGAGAUGUGUAGCAAAGUUUUAUGUAAUCCGUUGGAUGAAGCAGUACAAGUGGAUUGUUCAUA